CCGCGGCGGAAGCGCUUCAUACGAAGUUGUUGACAUGAGAACGCGUGAAAGCUGCUUUACGGGAAGCGACCUGGUUGAAAGACGUUUAUUGCGCUUUAUUGUUUAGUAGCAGCGAGUAGUUUAGUUUGAUUGACAGAUUACGCCGACAGUUAUUAAAUGACGCGAUGACGUUGAAGAUGAACAAAGACUCGGCGGUUCUUCAAGGAGCUUUCCUCCUGGCUGAUAAACGGUGCCUCCCCUCGUCCCUGUCCUCCCUCCAGAAGGCGGACUGGAGCCGGGUGGCACACCCGGUCCUGGAGGCCGUCGGAGAACUCUGUGGACGGGAGGACCCCGGCGGAGCGGCGGCCGCCGGCCGGAUGAAGACGUUGGUGUGUUCCGUGUGGCUGAAGGUGCUGUGCGGGGAGACCGGAGAGGACGUGGAGACCGCCUGGAGGGAGAACCCUUUCUUCCCCCUCCAGCACGGCCUCCCCGCGGUCAACCGCGUUGUCCUGCUGGAGCUGGUGAAGUCGACGGCGGCCGCUCAGACGUUCGCCCGCCUCCUCUCGUGCCUUCCUCCGGCUCGCGUCUGCGCCGAGCUCGAGCGGUUGGUGCAACACGCGAGGAGCAGCCCCACCGGAGAGGACGACGUCCGGCUCUUCCUGGAGGUGUGGUGGGAGCUGUGGAAGGGCGGAGACGAGCAGGAAGCCGGCGGAGAGGAGGAGGAGGCGUUCGCCAGACAAUUCGCUCGCCUCUCGUCCGAGCCUUCCAGUCUGUCCCCUCGGGGUGCCAAGAGGUUAAAGAUCGACGCGGCGGAUCCACCGGCGUCGCCGCCGACCUCCGACGUCCUUCAUGUUCUCCUACAUGCGCUUAAAGAGCUGAAGGACCACGUGUCGACACCGGACCUGUGCCUCCGGGCCCUCUCCGUUGCUCUCGACUCUCUCUACACGGCCUUCCUGACCGCCGGCGCGGCCGAACUUCCCACCGCAGAGAAGCUGCGCAUCCUGUCCAAAGUGGUCGGCAUCAGAGAGAACGGGGAGCAACUGAGCCCCGGGCUCAUCCGGGAGGCUCAGAGGGACGCCCGGGCGUCUCGCGCGCCGUCGCGGUUUCAACCCGUUAUGAACGUCGCCGACGCGUCGAGGAUCAUAACGGAACUCGCUCGGUCUUGGCGAAGCAGCGGGCUCCUGGACGUGUGCGCCGGCUCCGCGGCGAGCUGCUCGGCAUUUAGGCUGGAGCAAAGUGUCCAGAGGGUCCUGGCCGCUCUGCGAGCCGACGAUCAGGACGCCGAGAAGAACGCACUGAAGGAGUCGCUGGAGUCGCUGGCUUUCCCGGCGACGGAGAGCGACCCCGAGGUCAACAUGAGGGUCGCCGCCGCCGUCAUCCGUCACCGGCUGGAGGACUACCGGAGCUUCGCGCUGCUGUUCGCCAGCGAGAGGAGCUGGGCGGCGGCGUGCGGCGCCCUCUGGACGGACUGCCUGGAGGAGAACCGCGCCGCCUUCCAGCAGCUCGACGCCCUCAUGGAACUGACCUCCGCCCUCGUGGGGAAACUCGGCGAGGGGAGCGCCGACGUGGGCCGCUGCAGGAAGCUGAUGAAAGUGGUCGCGGACAUCUUCUCCGCGCUUUCCCUGCGCGACAAGAACGCGGCGCUGACGGCCAUGUUGAGGCUGUCCGGCAGGGGGUUCUUCGGGCGCCCCGUCCCCUCCGCCGUCACCGAGGGCUUCGAACAGGAGCUGAACAUGGCCUUCAACUGCAUCAUCCAAGGGGCGGCGGCGACCACGCGGGGCAACCUGAACACGGCCGUCGCCUUGGUCGCCCGGGUCGCGUUCCAGAACCCGGAGGCGACGUUGAGGUCGUGUUGCCAUUCGGCCGUUUUCAACAAAGGCGCCUUCUCCCUCAUGGCUGACAUCCUGCAGCAGCUGCCCGGACUGCGAGGACACGCGGCACGAAGAAGGGAGGAGGAGGAGGAGGAGGAGGAGGAGGAUGACGAAGAGGAGGAGGACGAAGAAGAGGAGGAGGACGCGCUGCUCUGUGAUUGUCUACGGGAGGCGAUCGGGACCAAAUCGCUGUCGGCCAAUGAGAAGGAGCAGCUCCUCGAGUACCUGGGUCUCCUGAUGACGCCGGUCGAGGGAGAAGAAGAGAGGAGGCGGAGCUUUCUGAGCCCUCAGGAGGUCGUGAACAUCUUCGUCCUGCCGAACCUCUCCACGCCGGGUCGAGGCCCCGUUGACGUGGAACUGAGUCUGCAGCUCCUCCAGAGAGCGUUGUCUGUGGACGUCCAGGAAGCGGCCGCUCGUCCUCACUGGGUGUUGGACUGCUCUCCCUUCCCCCUCCUCUAUGUUCUGGCUCAGCUGCAAGACCAGACUCUCAGGUGUUGGGAGCAGCAGCCGGAGGACGGCGCCCCCCACUGGUCCAUGGACACCAAGGAGCUGCUGGCGUCGGUGCUGACCACGCUGGGGCGGGCGGUGGGCGCCGAGGUGGCGGCGGCCCCCAGCCGCUGGUCCAGAGCUCUGUUCUGGCUCUACAGCAAAACGGGGGAGCUGGACUGGACCGUUCGGUUCCACCUGAAGGCCGUCUGGGGGGAACACUUUAAGAACGAGGUUCCCUCGUCUCUGCUGGCGGUGUGCGAUCUGCCCGAGCAGGAGUGGCUGGGCUCAGACCUGCCCCCGUACGGCCCGGGGACGGGCCUGUUGGCCUGGAUGGAGUGCUGCGUCACGUCCGACUCCCUGCGGUCCGCCAUGCUGUCCCGGCUCUCCCUGGACCGGCGCCGGCCCGACCACGUCGGCAUGUUCAGCAAGGGCCUGCUGGUGGCUCUGACCCAGACCCUGCCCUGGUGCUCCGCCUCCCAGUGGACCCGGCUGCUGGGAGCCCUGAGGGAGCUGAUCGCCUCGGGCCGCCUCUACGUGCCCUUCUCCCUGGAGUACGUGGACUACCUGCCCCUGCUGGACCUGAGGGGGUUUUCACAAGACCUCCGUCUGUCCGUCCUCCUGCUCCGGGUCCUCCAGCUGCUCUGCGGGUCCAGCUGCUCCCACUGGCUGUCGGCGGACGGCUGGGCCCACGUCGGCCGGCUGUACGCCCACGCGGUGAGGGAGAUGAUGACCUCGGUGAGAGCCAAGCUGCCUCUUCCUCCGACGGGCCCCGACGCGCCGAGAGACGCCGAGCCGCCGUCCAAAGACGUUCAGCAAGCGGGAGGCUCUCCUCUGAAGCCCAAGGAGGCGGAGGAGGUGCAGGCGGUUCCCUGCCAGGAGGUCCUUUUUGUACUAAGCCAGCUCUUCUGCCACGUUCAGCACAUCCAGGUGAUGAUGCCAGGAGGCCAGUGUGAGGCGCUGUUCCUGUCCAGUCUGGAGAUCCUCAGCCACUACGAGGCCGUCAUGGCCGCCUUCCCCGACAGCAGCAGCCCGCUGGAGAGCGACAACACGCGGCACUUCUUCUCCACCAUCACGGACAACCUGCAGAGCCAGGACAUGAAGGCCGUCCUGCGCCAGAAGAUCGCUCAGCUCGUGUCAUCGGCGGCUUGAAGAGGAAAUUUCUCUCUUUUUUUUGGGGGAUUAGUAGAAAAAGAUCCGACUCGUUUAAGUGUUUGUGGAAAGUGUCGCUGAUGGUUAUUCAUCUGUAUUCCACGAAAGAAUAAAGGUUUUUGUCAAAC